AGCACGCGGACCAACGGACAUCAGUCGACUGCAUCUCUUUCAAAUCGAACGACAAUGAAGACGUUUUUACAUAUGGCGUGCGUUAUUGGGUUGUGCACAUUCGCAAUGUGCGCGAACCAGCCCGAAUCAAAUAUAUCUAAAGAAACCAAGAACCACGACAAGAGAGGCAUCAUCGACACUGGGUAUGGAUACGGCUCGGGUUUCGAUCUGCACGAGCCGGCUGGUAAUCACCAGAUACACCAACAUCACCACGAUCAACAAGUGCUGUCUAAAACUAUCAUCAAAGAAGUCGCCCAACCGUAUCCGGUCGAGGUCGAGAAACGCGUACCGUACCCGGUAAAGGUAGAAGUGCCCGUCGACCGCCCUUAUCCGGUGCACGUGCCCAAGCCGUAUGCAGUCCACGUGGAAAAGCCCGUCCCGUAUGAGGUUAAAGUUGAGGUGCCACAACCGUACACCGUCUACAAGCAAGUCCCGUACGAAGUCAAGUACCCGGUCGACAAGCCGUACACCGUUAACGUGCCCAAACCAUACACCGUCUACGUUGAGAAGCGAGUACCUUACGAAGUCACCAAGCACGUCCCAUAUCCGGUCAAUGUGUACGUCGACAAACCGUACACCGUAAACGUACCGGUAACGAAACACGUACCAUACACCGUCGAGAAGCGGGUGCCCUAUACUGUCAACGUGCCAGUCGACCGUCCAUACCAGGUUAUCGUCGAGAAGCACGUCCCAUACCCCGUCGACAAACCCGUACCCUAUACCGUCGAGAAACCAGUACCUUACCUGGUCAAAUUUCCCGUGAAAGUCGAAGUGCCAGUGCCGUACAAAGUAAACGCACACGAAGAAAAUUACUCUUCUGAGGCAAAAUACGAGGAAGAACAACCACAAUAUGCCAACGAUCAAAACGAACACGGCAGUUAUUGAUAAACGUGUCAUAUUUUUCUAGUCAUAACACAUGUUAUAUUUCUGAUUGAAUAAAUUGUAACCUAAGUCAUAUUAUAUAUCUCUAACAUUAAGAUAUGUUCGUUAAACACGAAUAUCACAUAUUAUAAUACUGUAUAUAGAUUAUGAAUAUAAAUAAAGACUAUUUUUUUGAUA